UUUGUUUAUCCGUUUAUCUUAGUGGUUCUCAAAGUAGUCAGGGUCCACUAGAGACUCGGGUCUUUGUUGGCGUGACAAAAAAUAUUAUGGAAUAUGAAUAUACAAGUCUGGGAACGACUUGUCUAUCUUAUAAAUAAAAGAUUAAAAAUACUGAACGCUUUUGCCCCUCUAUGGUGUUUAAUCUGGAUCCUAACAGAAAGAAGUGAGAUUUUCCAGACUGAUGGAGUGUAACUUACCAUACGUAAGUCUAUGGUGACCACGGAUGAUAGAAAGUCCUAACCUUAAAAUGUUAUCCCGAAAUGUUUUUAAAGAAUAUGAACAAUUUCAACGUAUAUUUAACAUCCCUCAUAGGAUUCACCGCGAUAGUAGGCGAUCUUUUCGUAACCGCAAGCAACUUGAAUUUAUUUCGAGCGUUAUUCGACAACGCGACUCACGGCGUUAUCGGGGGCCUGAGUUGGCUCGUCUUCGCUCUAAAUAGCAAGCUAGCUAACGCGAAAGUAACAUCAUUAGAAGUGCUUUUGUGCGCGGUAUUGUCGUCCGCUAUAGACUUGGACCACUUCGUCGUGGCGAAAUCGCUACUCCUAAAGGACGCGACGAAUCUCACUCGCAGACCGUUCUUACAUUGUUCGACGUUUCCGCUCUCAGCUUCCCUCAUCCUCUUGUUGGUGAGCUACCUGCUCAGUGCGCCAUGUAUCAAACGGAUAUCUCUAAUGACGCUAACAGCGUUCGGCUCACACCACAUCCGUGAUGCUACAAGGCGGGGUUUUUGGUUUUAUCCCUAUGGUUCAACCCCCCCCAUUCCUUAUAUGAUUUACGUCCUUUUAACUUGUGUUUGGCCAUAUUUCGUGUUGUUUGUGAACAGUUACAUUGUAGUUGGUUCUCAGAAUUAUGAGAAAUAUACGGCUGUUAUAUGA